CACGUACAGAACGCCAUCUGCAGUAUCAGGACCACCCUUCCCGCACUCCACUCGCUGUUCGACAAUUCCUGACCUGAGUAGAAUGGAGCAGCGGCAUGGCUGCCGAUUCAGCAAUCGCAAUUGAGCGCCAGAGGACGGCCUCUGUGUGUUCCUCGAGCAGCAGCAACGGCACUGCUUCGUCGAAAGACAAGCAACUGGUGAGGGCGGAGCGCAGGCCUGGCCACCAGCGUCGCUAUGCCCCCAAGACCCGUACGGGAUGCAUCACGUGUAAAAUUCGAAGGGUGAAGUGCGACGAGGAAAAGCCCUUUUGCAAACGAUGUACCACCACAGGUCGCAAGUGUGACGGCUACGCACAGAUUGGAGAAUCUCCACCUACCAGGCCGACAUAUUCCCCGGAGCCCUUGAGCUUGGUAUUGGUCAACGAUGUCUCGUCGGAUGCCCUGGAGCGAAGGACUUUCGACUUCUUCCGUGCUCGCACAGUGCCAGCUUGCUCAGGCUACUUCCAUGACUCCGUUUGGGAUCGAUUGGUCCUGCAAUUGAGCCACAGCGAACCAGCAGUACGACAUGCAGUCAACGCAUUGGGUGCCAUCCACGAGGAGAGAUCGCUACGUCGGUCAGCCUCUCGUGGCGGCAUCGACGUAUCCCUCGUCAAGACCGGCUUCCCAAUCCAGCAAUAUUCAAAGGCUCUCAACCAGAUGCAGGAUUUGCUGAGAGCAGGCACUGCAUCACUGGACGUCAUUAUCUUGUGCUCACUGUUAUGCAUCCAUUUCGAAGCACUACGAGAAGCAUUUGUUCCGGCCAUCAUGCAUGUUGAGAAUGCCAUCCAGCUAUUACAUUCGACCGGGUCGCCUCUUGAUGUCAGAAAGAUCAACCCCAGCCUUGUUCGGGCGGUAAUGCGCAUGGAUCUGCAAUCGACCAUGUAUCUAGGCUCUCGGGUCCCUGGCCUGCCCUUCUUUACAGCAUCAACAGAUUCACAACUACCACACACAUUCCACGACCUUGUGCAAGGCCGAGAUCUGGUAAAUACCUGGACCAGCCGAAUAUUCCACUUUACGCGCACCGUUGCCGACAGCUAUAAAUUUCACGAAGCAGGAGAUAUUCCGCUCGAAGUAAUUGCAGCUGCGCACGAUCUGGAACAUCAGUUCCUCAAACUUGAUACCCUACUUUGGGAAUUCAUGCACAAGCCAACGGUCAGACUGAGCAUACGAGAGCAGCAUGGUCUUGGUAUGCUGCGAAGUCGAGUGAAGAUCAAUCGGAUCUUGGCAGCAACAUGCCUUUAUUCGGAAGCCUCGGUCUUCGAUCGUUAUCUGGAAACUUUCGAAGAGAUCCUGACGAUAUGCAUGUAUAUCAUGGGAUCAGACAACGCUGAUUACCGCCUCUUCUCCGUCUCACUUGACGAAGGACUCAUUCAUCCUUUGUUUUUCCUGGCAUGUCAAUGUCGAGAAGGUCGAGUACGACAUCAGGCUCUUGCUCACCUCAAGAAGCUUCCAGUGCGAGACGGAGUCUGGCAUGUGGAAACAACCACUCGAACUGCAGAGAUGUGCAUACGAUUCGAAGAGGCACUCUUCGCAGCAGCACAUCCUGACCGACCACAGUCUGCCACUUGCGCGGACAUACCGGAGUGGAGAAGAAUACACUCGGCCGGCUUCGAUGGCUGGGAUGACGACGGCCCUAAGAACCAUGUCAAAGUGCAUUUGAGAACGCGGCCGAAUGGUACUGACGGAGAGUGGCUGGACUUUGAGGAGAGCAUUCAGUGGCACGUUCCGGUGAGUUGGCCAGUUCCCCAAACGGAAACACAACUAACCAAAUGUGUGUUUUCAGGUCAAGAACAAGAGCUUCCACGAGAGCUUUGCUGCCCUAGUGCCUAA